AUGACAAUCCAAAUACUUAAUAAGGAUGAUCAGUCUAAGAUAGUUGCUACAUCAUAUGUGAUUAGCCCUUUCACUGCUAUUAAAGAGAUAAUAGAUAACAGCAUUGAUGCUGGUGCUCAUAACAUUCGAAUUGAAAUUGAUUCGAAGACAGGAGGUUGUGAAUAUAUAUCGGUUAAGGAUGAUGGUUGUGGUAUUGAUGCUGCUGACAUUCCUUUAGUUUGUAUUCGUGGCUCUACCUCUAAGAUAACUCAAUUUUCUGAGAUUCAAACAGCUAAAACUUUAGGCUUUAGAGGAAAUGCCUUAAACUCCAUUUCUAAUAUUAUGGGUUCCAAGGGUUCUCUGGAGUUUCAAUCAAAAACUUCUGGAGAUAUAAUAGGCCAAAGAUGGCUUGUAGAUAAAAAUGGUGUUGUUAAAGAUGAAAAAGUUUCUAAGAUCAAUUGUGCAAUUGGAACUACCGUUAUCAUAAGAAAACUACUUGCAAGCCUCCAUGUCAGGUAUAUUGAAUACUCGAAGCAUUCAAAAACUACAAUUGAUGAUGUUAAAACUCUAUUACACCAUUAUUCUACUAUUUUUGAUGAAAUAAGGUUCCAAUUUUUCAUGGUGUCUUUGAAUAGAGAUGGGUCAGUACUCGAAAGAAGAUUGCAAGUUACUACCGAACCAGGAAUCAGCAAUUGUAGAAAAAUAUUGAAAUUAAUUGGAAUAAAGGCAAUUAAUAAGGAUAUAUUGAUUGUAAAAGAAAAUGUCAGACUAAAUAAUGAUAUUUCAGUCAAUCUAAUCUUACCAAAUCCUGAGUGUGCCAAUGAAAUCCUUCUAAGUAAGAAGAAAUGCAAAUUUCUUACCGUAAAUAAUAGAAUAAUGUCACUGAAAUUAUCGUUCGGAAAAGAUUUAACAAAAGCAUUGAAUUCAGCUUAUAAAGAUUCUAACUAUACACUGCCAAAAUGUUGGCUUGUAAGUUUUACCAUAGAUCCAAAUGUUAUUGAUAUAAAUAUUGAACCUGAAAAAAAUGAUAUUCUAUUAAGACAAUCAGGGAUGAUAAUAGAUGAAUUAAAAAUUUUAAUUAAAUCUUUUAUAGAGGAAUGGGCUGCCAGCGGAGAAGAUACAGCCGUGCUUUCAAGAGCCAGUAAUACAACUUUAACUAAUAGAGAGAAAACAUUUGACAAUAAUAAACUGAUUGAAAUUAUCGUUACUGAUGCUGACCCAGUUAAUCUACUUACCGAUCAGAGAGAAUCUGAACGGUUAGACAAAAAGCCUGACCUAACCAAUGAUACUGUCGCAGCCUAUUCAAAGCACAAGAUAAGUGCUUCUAAGGUAGAACAUAAGGCCAAUACAGAAGACAAAAGUUUAUGUAACAGCGAAGAUAAAUUACAAAACUUAGAUCAAAAUAAGAAUGCAGAUUUAAUUACUAAAGAUAAAACUUUUCAAGAAAAUGAUGUACCCAAUAAUGCAUUUAAGUCAAUAAACAAGUUAUCAAACGAUUCUUGUACGAAGUCAAAUACUAGAAUAAUUGAUAAUAAUUCUAAAGCAUAUAUAAAUACAAAUAGUACAAAUAGUGCAGUUGGAUUGAAUUAUCCAAGUACAACCAAAAAUAGCAAUCUGAAAGAGAGAUUUAAUAAUCUCAAUCAGAUAUCAUCUGUUGCUAGUACAGUAAAUAAGAAGGUAACAAAAAAAUUAUCGAUGUUUUCAGAAUAUACAAAUAGUUAUGUGAUGCCAUAUCAAUUUCAUAAAUCAAGUACCAUUUACAAAGGAUACAAGAAUGAGAUCAUGUGGUUGAUGAGGAAUAAAAAUGUCAACGAAUACUUAAAGGAACUACUAGAUGAAACAACCAAAAGAUUAAAAAUAAAACAAGGAAUACUUGAAAAAUCAGGCAACGGAUGGUAUAUUUACACAGAAGAAAAAUUGUAA